GUGGAUUUCCAGCGUCACAUGAGACUGUACUCGGUGAAUCCUUCUCUUCUACCUUCACCUCCUUUUUCUAUUCAUGACACUAUUUCUCCCGUUGGAGGAAUCCGCGUCCUCGACUUCAAUACCAACGUUCGUGAUCAAACCCAGUGAACCCGCCCCUCAAGUUCUGAAAGUUAUCAAGUCAAUUUUGAAGGCAAAGCGAAUCGUAGUGAUAUGUGGUGCCGGAAUAUCUGUUAAAGCUGGAAUACCUGAUUUUAGAUCUUCGGAUGGCCUCUUCCAGACGUUGAAACGGGACAAUCCUAAAGAUGCUUUGUCGUCAGGGAAAGACUUGUUCGACGCUUCUGUCUUCAAUACUGAGCACAAAACUGCAUUAUUCUGCCAAAUGAUUGCAAGGCUGUCUGAUCUUUCCAAAGCCGCUGAACCGACAGCAUUUCACCAUCUCCUAAAAACCCUCGACUUCAAUGGUCGUCUUUUACGCGUAUACACUCAGAACAUUGACGCUAUAGAGUUAAAAUCUGGUCUCUCUUUUGGCGUCCCAGAAUUCGAAGGUAAACGAAGCAAACCGCGUAUCGCCACGUUUCAGGAGGUCGGUGACCCGGGCCCAUCUAGCACUUCUAAUAGAACACCACGAUGUAUACCUCUUCACGGAACCCUUCAACGAGUCCAUUGCCAGAUCUGCACACACUCUUUCCCCCUUUCGGACUAUCUAUCAUCCUUGACAGCCGGAGUUCCCCCGGAAUGCCCAGAGUGCACUUCAAUGGAACGAACAAGACAGCUGAUAGGCAAGCGUGCCCGUGGAGUGGGGAAAUUACGGCCGAGCGUGGUGCUUUAUAAUGAAACGCACAAAGACGGCGAGGGCGUUGGAGAAGCUGUUCAGAAAGAUCUCAUUGGAGGGAAAGGGCGUAGUGGAGCAGAUUUGCUCUUAGUAGUCGGGACGUCUCUCCGGGUGCCUGGCACUAAACGGAUGGUCAGAGAAUUCUCAAAGGCUGUUCACUCAAGGGGAUCUACCUCGAAGGAGAGCACUCCCGGAAGUGAUGAACCAGUGUCCCAGCAACAGCAGCAGCCGUUAAAAUCCGUUUACUUGAAUCUGGAUUUCCCUGUUCCAACGAGAGAAUGGGAGGGCGUCUUCGAUGUAUGGGUGCAGGGCGAUGCACAGACGUUUGCGCACAUGUUGCAAGAAGAGUUGAAGAAAGAAUUACAUGCCAAGGAAGUAGCUGUCGAAAAACGGAGAAAGAAGGAAGAAGAACUAGCUCUUGCUGUCCUUUCCGGACUUCCUUCAGUGAAGCAAAAACCCAAAGCAAAGACAAAGACGAAAGAAGAAUCACAUGAUAAGAAGCGAAAGGGCUUCGUUGGUGAGGAGCAUGAAAUCAAGCGAAAGAAGUUGGUGGUCGAAGUUCCUACAUAUUCACAGAUAUUCUCGCAAUCUCAUCCAAAAAAAUAUCCCCUGCACUCCCCGUCUCGCAUAUCUCUACUACCUCCUUCUCCUGUCUCGCCCAUUUGCGCCCCGUCUCGCAUAUCUCAAUCACCUUCCUCUCCAGUCUCACCCCUUCGCCAUCUCACAAUACGUAUACCUCCUCGUUCCCAAAUUGUCAAACCCCCAUCUCAGUCCCUCAUCCAAUCCUACCUCUCACCUUCACCUUUGACACCAGCCAAAACGUCACCUACUCUUGGCCGGCCACCUCCUACACCCGAUCAUACACCUCCACGGAUUGGCUCUCUCAACUUCCCCACUAACAAGCAAGACCACAAUUCUUAUUCAAUCCCUCAAUUCAAGCAUCAUCGGAUACCUCCUUCAGAAUCAGCUAGCCCUAGUUUAUUAAGCGAGGACGAGAGCAGAUACGAUCCUCAUGUCCAAGCCCUUGGCGGAAAGCAUUCCCGGCGCGACGGUACGAGAUCUAGUGGAGAAGGCACAUGGCAGGGUAGCUAUUAUUUACAGUUUCAAUCCCCAAGGAAUAGUAUUCGUCGUUCGCUUGGGGACUCGGAUAUCGAUAUGGAUAUGUCUACGCAUAAUAUGGAUGAUUUUAGAGACAGGAUGGGCACGUCAUGUUUACGGACCACACAGGUGGAAGUUGGAGAUGGUGGAUGACGAGCUUUCCGACAGUUUUUAAUCGGUGCGGAUGUACUAUUCUGUAAGCCGGGACAUUCCUGGUAAGCAGCAGUAGACUAUAUUAUCGACGCUUAUCGCAAAUACUUAAUUUAUAUCUUG